UACUGUUCCUUUUUCUCUCUGACAGAUUGAGAUUUUGCGGCAGCUUUAUCUGAUGGGAGAUCACCUCAAAUCCCUCCGCUCUCUGCCUUCUCUUCUCUCUCUACCUUCUGUUCCCCUCCCUAUUUCUCUCCUUCCCACUGACACAGAAAAUACCAGGACAAUUUCGCACGCACGCACGCAUUCCCCAUCUACUCUCUGCAUCUCCAUCGGCCAGCUGAGCCUGAGCUCAAUGGGAUAUCAUAUGGAGCACUGCUCCGUGGCAGAGCAAGCACAGAGCAGGAACAGAGUAGAGACGGAUAGCCAAGCGCUCUCCAGUGUCCAGGAUUAGAUAUCAUGCAUGGGCUACGCUGGCUAUUUCUAUUGCCACCCCUCCCUAGUCCUGACACGCUUUGAUUUGUCGAAUCCCAAUUAAAUCACAAGAGCACCCACUCUUCUCUCACUCUAGUCUAUCCCUCACCAUAUAAACUGAGGAAGAGAGCAAGUUCACGGCGUAGACAUCUCUAGUUCUCGAUUGUUCGGUUCUGCAUUGCAAUGGAGAUCUACGGCCGCCACUUCGACAGCAGCGAAGCCCAGCUUCCGCCGGGCUUUCGAUUCCAUCCCACCGACGAGGAGCUAAUCACCUACUACCUACUCAAGAAAGUUCUCGACAGCAGCUUCGCCAGCCGCGCCAUCGCCGAGAUCGACCUCAACAAAAGCGAGCCGUGGGAGUUACCUGAGAAGGCGAAGAUGGGGGAGAAGGAGUGGUAUUUUUUCAGUCUGCGCGACCGCAAGUACCCGACUGGGCUGCGGACGAAUCGGGCGACCGAUGCCGGGUACUGGAAGGCGACGGGAAAGGACCGGGAAAUUUACAGCUCCAAGACGAUGUCGCUGGUGGGGAUGAAAAAGACGCUGGUGUUUUACAGAGGGAGAGCUCCCAAGGGCGAGAAGAGCAACUGGGUAAUGCACGAGUUCAGGCUCGAGGGCAAGUUUGCCUACCACUUCUUAUCAAUAUCCUCCAAGGACGAGUGGGUCGUUUCUCGCGUCUUCCAGAAGUGCGGAAGCGGGAAGAAAAUCCGCCUGGGCCUCGCCAGCGGGCACAUGUCCGAAUCUUCCGCGGUUACAGGCGGCUGCGGUUCCGCAUCGCCUUCCUCCAUGCCACCGCUCCUCGACACGUCUCCGCUGCAGCCUUCGGCCGUAGUGCUCAAGGCCCCCGAUCGCGAGAGUUGCUGCUCCAUCGAGAGCGCCGCCGAGAGGGAGGCGCCCGUGCCCUGCUUCUCCACCGCAUCCUCUCCCGCCGUUUCCGGCAUGGGCGCACAUUAUGCACAAGCUUCUCCGCACAUCUUUGGCCAUCCAGCUGCUGCCGUGGGCUUCCCGAGCCUCAAGUCAUUGCAGGAGAAUCUCCACAUGUCGUUCUUCUUCGCCGGGAUGUCUGCGCCGGUCGGAUAUGCCGCUCCGGCUGCGGCGAUGGUGGCGGACGCGGGGGCUGGAUGGAGGAGCGACGGCGCCCGGUGUCCGUUCGAUGCCGAGAGGAAGCCGGAUUCCGGUGCCGGGCCGCGGGCAACUCAGAUGCCGAUGGGCUCCACCGAGCUCGACUGCCUUUGGAAUUUCUAAUCCCUUACGUGCCUUGCUAUUAAGACUGCUCAAAUCUACUUGUUGUGUGUACUACGUAGUACCGAUCGAUCGUGUGUUGUUCUCGAAUUAAUGGAUUGU